UAUGUGAAUUUUGCCGUUUGUUCGCUUGUUUCACACUGAGAGGUCACUUCUGACAUUCUUGCCACCUAAGAAGAAAGGAGUGUUUUAUCCGGUUAGAUAUCCACUAGUAAGAGUGAAACUGUGAAGAAGCCUUGAAUUGGCUAGAUUUCUUAGCUUGACACCUUUGUGCAUGUAGGGAAGCAAAGUUUCCAUAUUGGAUUUAGCAUUUAACUGUGUUCCUGUUGUCUGAACAAGUUUUGUUUCUUUGGACAUCAUGCUAAUUUUCUUCAUUUUGAAAUGUUACCCUCUCCUCUCUGUUGAUUUCCUUUAAUUUUUAAGAAGUUAUUCACCACUAAAUUCAUGUUAAUUUAGGGCGCAUCAAUUUCCAAUUAUACCUUAAUUUCAUGGAGCAUUAAUAACUUUAGCGUAAUGCGAAGUAAAGGAUUCGUGACACUCAGAAUGUUUCAAAAUUGCACCCGAAUAUUGCAAAGUUGCUUCAGAAUUAGUUCGAGAUAUCUUCGAGUUCUUUGAUUUAUUCUUAUUCUUAUUUAUUAUUCUGCUAGAAAAUAUUGACUGCAAACGUAUUUUAAAGAAAACAUUGAAGCAAAUUGGGCCAGUAGCUUCAAAAUACGAGCAAAAAUCAAGAAACGAGCAAUUUUAGGUGCGUCUCACCUUGCAGACGAGUUUGCAUGCUUAUGUCGUGCGAUAUGUUUCUCCAAAGUACGUCUUAAUUUGGCUUUUUCCUGUCAAAACCUUGUCUUUUUCUGCUGAAAUCUGGCUUGGAAUUCGUUUUACACCGUGGAAAACCCAAAUUUAUUAGUUGGCAGGUUAAAUUUUCUGCCGAUAGAUCAAAGUUUCACUUCUGUACUAUGGUCCAAAGGAUAAUAAUUUUUACGUGAACUGUACUACCAUGUUAGUGGUUCUUUUUUCUAAAUCAAGUGGCCAAAAUAAUGCUAAAUAUGCUUUUCAAUACACUUUUAAAAAUAAAACCACACAAUACACAAAAAUGAAGAAGAAGAAAGGAAAAAACAAAGUAUUCGCCGUGGAUUACCCAUCCAGUUCUUAAUGCCACCCGACAAGGCUUAACUUGAGUGGCACUACUAAGAAAGCGAGUUUCACAUGCACGAGGGAACUUAUUCUGAGAUGUGUACUUCACGUUUACGAGCAGUCUUCAUUCAGUGACCAUCUUUUAAGUUUUAAUAAGUUAGUUUUCUCUUUUUUGUGGAACCGGUAACAGCAAUGGUCAGUGCCUAUUUCUGGAGAUCUCCAUGAGAAUUAGCUGUAGUUACAAGAACACGGUACUGGAAAUGAUCAUCAAUGAAAUCCAUAGGCUUGCAUUUUUCCGCAAACUUCAAAGCUGAUACCUGACAAGCCCUGAUCAGCAGAUCAAAUUAUCAUAAUCAGUGAACCUGUGUAGUGUUGGAGAAAGAAAUGUUACUCUGGGUUUGUUGUAGGUCUUCUAUGCAGCUGGCCAACAGGCUUGACAUUCAACUGAAGUCUGUUGUUGAGUGGCAAGAACUUUUUCAACCAGAUGCUAUUGCACUCAGACACAGGUAUGUCAACUGAAAAUAAAAAUAAUUAUGAUUUAACCGCAAACUCAUUUUGAUGCUCUUUAUUUGAUUGUAUACCAGCACAUGUUGGCAGAGUCAGCUCGUAGUGCUGAUAAGAUAAAGUUCCUAGACCAGGAUAAUAGCCUACACUGUUCCAUUAAGUUGCAUGGUGCUGGCCAGAGUUUUCAGCUUGUAGGGCUGUGGUGUGUUAGGCCGCAUUAAAGUUUGUUUCUUGUGGACCUACCUGAACUCGUCUGAUCUGGUGGGGAUAUAUGCAAGAUGGUGCCUGGGAGAUAAGUAAGGCUUUAUGGUCUCGCUAUGGAAGUUGUUUGCCGCUCAGAUAGCUCAGCGGUGCUCCCCUUUUUACACCAUAUGUUUUGUUGUUAUGUUUUUAUUAGCCUUUAUUAAUUGUGUAAACCCAUUUUGACUAUGCACCUCAAAACUACCAACUGCAUUUUGCAUCCCAAAAAUCAAUGUUUCAGACUCAAAUCAAUGUUUCAGACUCAAAAAAGUCCUCCCCUGUACAGAGGAUACUCAACUGUAGGAACAUUUCUUGAUGGUUACAGUAUUUAUUUGAAUAAGCGCCCAACCUCAAAUUAGCACCCAUCCUAAAGGCAGAAAAAGUUAAUAAGCACCCAGCCUCGAAUAAGGUGAGGUGUCCAUCUUAUAAAAGUGUCCGUUGAGAGAGAGUCGACUGUACUAAUCUUAGAGUCGACUGUACUAACCUAGAUUUGCACUUGAAUUUUCAGUUCAUGUCUUUCACUUGUAAUAAAGAUUUAGGUUUCUGGAAAACUGCCCACCUACCCCUCCCCUAAGCUGACAUUAACACUGUACUUCUCACUUAGAGGAAAAUAAUGGCUUAGGCCAGGUGAGGGGUAGGUGGGCAGUUUCCCAGAAACCUAAAUUCAAUGUAUUUUUUUAGGUUAAGAACUCAGUGUGAGAUGCUAAUUCUUAAGCACUCUAAGGAGUAUGGCCGAAGAGCUGAGGAACGGCUUUGGAGAAAAGUCUUUUAUGAUGUUAUCCAGAAACUGCGCAGUCACAGAAAGGUUAAUAUACCAAACACUAAAUGACUCAAAUGACUUAAAAUUCCUUGGUAGCAUAGCUAAGCCUUACUCAUGUAGAUAUGAGGGUUUUUCCCCUUUCCCAUAAGAUUAUCUCUACAAGUUAAUUGAGCAUGAUUAUCUGGGUUAAAGUAGUCUUGAAAAAGACUGUUGUUGACAAGGACUGACAUUUUGACAACUUCUGCAGUAGUCAUUGUGAGAGUCAAAGUGAGUUGUAUCAUGUCAGUUGAUGGUAUUAGAUUCUGGUUAUUGAUCUGAUUGGUCAAAUAAGUCGCAAGGUUAUUGGUCUUCUGUCAGUUAAGCCGAGUAGAAUGUGUUUUGAUCCAUCUGUUGUCAGAGUUAAACAAUCAUUUGUUGUUAGUGUAAAUUGUUGGUUGUCCAGUCAUUUUCAUAGUAGGUUGACUGCACAGGUUGUCAAAACAUCAGUCACUGUCAACAACAGUGCUAUUCAGGACUAUGUUCACCCAGACAACCAUGCUCAACCAACUUUUGAACAUGGUUCAUACAGUCUUGAAAAGUCCUUGAAUUUUAGGGGAAGUCCUCGAAAAGUCCUUGAAUUUUCUUCAGCUUUGAAUGUAGUGGCCUUGUAACUGUUUUUAAAUGUUUUUUGGUUGUCCAAGACAGAAUAUAAAUCAUAGCUCAGGGAAGUUUAAAGUGAUCUUCAUAAAUCAUUUUUUGUUUAUGCAAGAAUUAAAUAUCAAUUUAAGACAAGUGAACUGGAAAAUGUACAGAAGUUGGUGGAGCAAACAGUUCAAGCCGUAAAGUCCUGUUAGAGUUGAGAGGGAAUGUACAUUUUUGUACAAUCUGUGAAAUCACAUUCCUGGUAGAUAGUCGUUGAAAAUCUAAUGCGGUCCUUAAAAAAUCCCUGGAAAGUCCUUAAAAGUGGUGCAGUUUUUUGUAUGAAUCCUGUAUGAAAUGACUCCUGCCAGACUCAAACCUUUUUUUAAUUUUUUUUUUAUAUUUACAGAUUCUGGAGGAAGAUUCUGCAGGUCUUGACGCAGUACUCCGUACCCAUCUGUCAUCUGCCGCAGGAUAUUAUUACCAUCUGUUGACCCAUCUUCAGCUUUUUUAUCAUCUUACGCUGGACAGUGCAUUGUCUUGGGGAUUUCCUUCUUCUCAAAAAAGUAAGGUUUCAAUUUUUGUCUUUUAUGCUGUGUCCCGGGGGGCUGACUGUUCUUUAACCCAUUUGCUCCUGGGAAUUUUGCUGAAAAACACAUUUUGAAGCUAGUCAAGCUAUUUUCUGGUCACUUUCUGGCUAUAAAGAGCUAAAACUUACCACAAAGCCAUUUGCAGGUCGUACACUUCACGACAGAUGAAAAUAGUUGACAAAAUAGUAACUUCCGAAGUCUGGGCAUGGGCAGAAAUAUGCAAGAUUUUAUACAGUUGAACCUCAACUAACUGCCACCUCUCCACAACAGCCACUUUUUUUGUCUCGGCGGACAGUCCAUACAUUGACUUUUAUUAAAACCUCUCCACAACGGCCACCCCUCCAUAGUGGCAACGGCCACUAAAGUGUGUCCCUAACUGCAAAAAUAACCUCACCACAACGGCCAGUUUUUUCAGCGACUGAUGAAAAAGUCAAGAACAGUCAUGAAAUUUGAUUCGUAUGGCACGCUGAUGAUUAAUCGCGGCAAUCGUAUUUUGAUUUUGUUUGAUUUAUACUGCUGCAGUAAGCAUAAAUAUUGUCUAUGAUACUUAUAGCGAAUGUUGCUUACCUUUCUUGUUUUGUCACGUUAACAUUUGAUUCAAAACAUGAUUCAAACUUUUGUGCGUAUUUUAUCUCUAUAUAUUAUUUAUGAUUGGAUUAUAUCAUUAUGGGAGACAGUAAGCAUGAACUUAGCACAAUAAACAUUUUGUACUCCCUUAAAAAAACUGUCGUAUAACACCCCUUACCUCUCCAUAAUGGCCACAGUCUCCACAACAGCUACUUUCAUGUGUCCCCAAGGUGGCCCUUGUGGAGAGGUUUGACUGUAGUAUUUUCCCCCUCAUAGCUCAACCUGUAAUAAACUGUAAUAUAAUAACUAAUAAUAAUAAUAAUAAUAUUAAAAAUUGACAAUGCGCCUUUUCCAUGUAAAUAUGAUCAAAAGCGAUCUCAGGAAAAAGAGCACCCUUUUGAAGUUAAUUUAUCUUUAGAUGGAUAUUUCUUCUUGUCGCCAUCUUCUUCUCUUGAUUUAUUGAACAUUAGGCUGUUCAAACCUUUAUAAAGCAGUCAGUGGUCAAUUCCCCAAGAGUGUAAAAAAGCUCCAAUAAAAAGUCCAAUUUAAGCUUACAUCUCGUUUUGUUUGUCCCCUUCUGCUGUUGUUUUGCCAACUCUCUACAAUUUUCUUCAUGGACAGUGAAAUGUACAAAACUAUUGCACUUCAAUUUCCAAGAAAAAACUUGGAAAAACAUCACUCUGGAUUCUGAUUGGAUGUAUCAUUUUUCUUUUCACUCGUGAAAACCAUUGUUCACUCCUCUAACCUUUAGGCUAGAACUCAUCUGCACAUGAAAUUUACAACAUAGCUUUUCAUUGAGUAUAUCUCAUUCUGUAUAUUAUAAAAUAAGUUAUUUGUUUGUUUGUUUGUGUGUUUUCACAGCUGUUGCUGAGGAUGAUGAAACUGUUUCUUGGGCAAUAAGAGCAUGUCAACGCUGCCUUAUUUACUUAGGAGAUAUUGGUAAGAGUGCCAACAUUUGGAUAAGUUCAAAAAUUUCAUUUAUGUUUAAAAGCAAGAGCAAACUUAUAGUACAUGUACCUGUUACAAGAAUAUUUUGGAAGUAGUACAUUGUAGUAGUUUGCAAAAUACUGAGUUACAUUGAUGUAUCCAUCCUACAGCUCGAUAUCAAUCAGAUCUUGAAGGGGAAGAUGCCAUUAAAUUGGCGGAAAGGUUUUACUGUGAAGCUGCUUUGAUUAACCCAGAUAUUGGUAAGUCUACACCAGAAAGACAAAAAAAUGUCAUUGAAGGUUAUGUUCACGGUCAAGACUGUUUUAGUUCAUAAUAAAAUACAUGAAAUUUCUGGAAUCUGAUUGCAAUGCCAGGGCUCAAAGUUUAAAUUUGAGUUUGGGAGCACUUGUGCUACCAGAUGUAAAUUUUUAGGCGCACUUCCGAAAUUUUAGGCGCACAGCUGCAAAUUUCAGGAGCACAGCUUAUAAUGUUGGGAGCAUCUAUUUCAAAAGAAAAAGUAAAAAGCUUAACAGUGCCAAGUUUAUUUGUCAUCUUCCGUUCGUUACUUUUACUUCAGUCCUGUGAUUGAUAAAACACAGCCGAUUUGCUACGCAGUAAUACCGUUGUGAUUUUUAAUACUAAUUUCUCUUUUUGACAGUACAGUUGUGACUAAAGAAAACUUACACUUUCAAAACUGACAGCAAUGAGUGUGUCGAACGAGAAUGAAAAUUAAUCUUUAAUGAAUUUGUUAAAUGCGCAAUGACUUAAAUGUAACUGAAAUGCGACUUAAAAAACUUUCUUACCUGGAAAAAAAGGCUCUUCAUCUGCACUGUUUUUGUUUUGAUUGACUUUAAAACUGAAUGUUCAACAUGAUCGUCCAUUGCACAAAAAGUACGUGUUUCGUUCGUAGCAUAUAUUUUCAUGUGUCAGCGGUGUUUAUUACAACACAGAAGAGUCUGGGAUGGAGUAAGACAUCGAAACGAAAAAGAACAUUCGAGUUCGUAGAAUCCUUUGUAGAAUCCGUUGGGAGAAAAGACCAAUUAAACAUACACCGUCUUUCUAAUUCGAGUUCGUAAGUAUAGUCGGAAGUUAGUCAGUCGCACUGUGCUUUGGGUUUUACGGCGCACAGGCGCGAUUACACAUGAAUUUUUAGGUGCACAACCAAGAAUCCAGUUGCAUAUGUGACCGGUUAGUCGCUAACUUUGAGCCCUGAUAAUGCACUCUUUAGUAAAACACAGCACAAAAAUGAGGAAAAAAAUUAAAACACCUCAGAGAGUGGAGCAAUAUGAGUGGCUGAUAAACAAAGGCAGUUCAUAAGAACCAAUCAGGUGCUACAAUCUUUAUUGGCCACUUUAAAAUGGCACAGGGUAACUGGGUCAUUGUUUUGUCUAAUUGCAUUGUGGGACUUUCUUGGGACAAAUUUAGUUGUAACAAUUUUUUUAUGAAUAUUAUUGAUGGGUAAUCAUACACCUUUUCUUAUUCUUAUUUUUCAUAAUGCUUAAGUUGCAUAAGCCUGUGAUACUUUCUAAGAAACAAAUAAAUAAAUUUUAUUUGAUUACCUAUACAAAUUUCACUGUUAUGAAAAAAAUAGUUUCUAUUGUUCUCAACCCUAGUAUGACCAUUGCAAACAAAGUUCUAUUACAGGUACAGGUUAGAAAGCACAGCAAGGAGCUGCUUCAGAUGGGAAUGAAAUUAUUACAUUUAAUAGGCUUGGUUUGGUUUUCAGGGAUGCCUCAAAACCAGCUAGGAACACUUGCAGGAACAAAGGCUUUUGGCUGUGAGGGAGCAUAUUUUUACAUGAGAUGGUAACAUAUUUUUUCGUCUUUUAAUACUAACUUUCUUGAUGCAUAAGAGUGCUAGUUCCUGCUGUUUGAUUCAGUCUCUUUUGUUGUGACAUUUUGUUGCAGUCUUUUGUCAAAAGAAGUCUUUGAAGGGGCUGAAGGGAACUUGCUAAGAAUAUUUGAAAAGAACAGAUCUAUCCUAUACAGGAUAAAGGAGUUGCCUCUUGACGAGCCCCAGCCCAAAGAAAGGUAUGACUUGAAUUCCCUUGCAUUUCCAAUGUACUUCUUGGUAAUAUUUUUAGUCAGGGAAAAGGGGUUGGAGAGCUCAGAAUUCCACUUACUCAUUCCACAGGAAUUAAAGGACCAAAUGAACACACUAUCAGGGCAGGAAAACUGACUGAUCAUUAUACGUUUCAGAAACUGCUCACCUUCCCCUCCCCUAAGCCAACUGUAACACUUACUUCUCACUUAGGGCAAAAUGUUGGCUUAGGGGAGGGUAGGUAGGCAGUUUCCUAGAAAUGUAUAAUGACCCAGGUCCGAUAGCCCAGGACAAGUAAAAAUAGAAGUUUAGUACUAGUGAUUUUGCUCUAUUAAACGACGCAGUUGUCAAGAGAGGUUUCAACUGCAUAAUGCUUUCUUUGAUUACUUUAGAUGGGUGUUCACACACAGACGUUGAACUGGAAGUAUCACUUUCCCUUUUUUGUCAGUUGAUAGUUAGUUUUGACUUUCCACAGAUUGAAGCGCUUUCUUGUUUACUUUCUCUACUUACAAGAUGUUCUGUACCAACAUGAGAGGUGAGUUACACCAGUCUAAAACAUGGACGUUCUUUUCUUGUAAGAAGUUUUACAAAAUUUUGGCAAGCUCAUCACCUCCUGCUUUAAGCUUACUUGUUUUGCAAAGAAAAUAGUAUUAUUGAAAUCGAGGGGCAUUUUGGGGUCCCUAUGUACAGCUUUUGUUAUGUAAACCGUAGGGAAAUUCACUCCUUUCGUUUUUGGGGAGAGCCUAUAUGUACUCCCUAAGUGAGUGACUAAUUUACACUGUACAAAUGUGGCUUGUUUAGAUGCACGUUUCCCUUUUUCGCUUUACAAGUACAUGUAAUGUUAUUUUUUUCACCCCAGAGUUUUGCAACAAACAUCGUUUUGCGACUGAUGCUUACUUAUGAAAAAUUGUUAGUUCCCCAGAGAUCAGCAGCGAAGAUAUUGGUCAUUUGUGUCAGUCCGUGUUGCAAGACUUCAGUAGUGUGCUGUCGGUAGAUCCAUCAUCCUCUAAUGGACACAAGCCAGCAAUGGAGAAUGGGCUCUCCCCACAGGAGAAUGGGCACCAGGAUACUGACGUCAAAGACGACAAGGAUGGCGUCAUUAGUAGCUCGCUAAUGGUCAAAUUGGUUGUCAUGGCAAUUUCUACUGUCACCAGACUGCAGUCCAAUAGUAAGUGCCCAAUCGAGUUUGAAGAUGAGAACCUUUGACCUUGUGUUUAGUGCCAGUCGUUAAUGACCUCUGAGGCGAUUACCCAGUAGUUCUGAUACUUUAGUGAGCCUGCUGAAGUCUGUGGACAGGCUCCCAAGGGAACAGGGUAGAGCGCGGAAGUUCCCAUCCCUUCCCCCCUGUUUUUUACCCUUCCCUGCUCUGGUUACCGGUCGUUUCUAUCCAAAGUGGUUUCGAUACAAGUUAAUUCCUUCGAGGUGUAAAUAUUUUCAAGUACUUGGCUCAAAGAACGAAGAAUAUUCACCCAAAAUGUUUGUAUUGUUCAAUUGCAAACUUUACUUGAAGUAAUCAAAAUUUUUGUGCAGUUUUACUUCUUGAGUUCGUAUCGAAACGACUUUGUAUCGAAACGACCGGUUUUCUCUGCUCUAGAUCUACGCACGUUUUCUGGCCUUUCCUUCGUCCUUCAGCAGUUAGCUGCAUGCCGUGUUUUUGCGCAGACGUGCCGUUAUGGUGCCUUCAUUUUUACUUGUCAAACGUUUCGCUCAAACUCGACUUGACAGGAAAAUUCUGUUUUCACUGCCUCGCCACCUCUGGUUACCAAUCAGUUCGAUGUAUGGGCCUACUGUCUACCCUUUCGCCUACUACCCGUGAUUGCUGUUCCUAAAAUUUCCACUUAGGUAUAGGAACCAAACUGGGAAGUCAACCAAAUAACUAGGCGAAUUGACAGAAAUUGUCACCUCCGUCAACCCUUUGUCUUUAAGUGAUUAAGGUUUUGUCCGUCAGCAAAUUUUCUUCCGCACCAGUUUUUCUCAUCACUUGCUCAGUGUUUGCGGAAAUAUUAUUUAGGAAUAUGCCUUGCAAUGUUAGUUUAAGUGCACAAUUCUUGGAAUACCAAAGACCUGUAAUGCGGUGAACAUACAGCGCGGCAUUUUAGAAGAAAGUGAAACCACAAUAAGUGACACGGAGGAAAGUGAUAAAAACUUACUUAAAAGUUUAAUUUUGUUGACAUUUUUCGCAGAUUCCCAAGAGUCUUCAGUGGCAGCUGCAUUUACCUUAGCGUUUCUUUCUCUCCUUCUCCAACACUGUAUUUCCUCAUUUGAAAACUUCUUAGCAAAGGAUCCGACCAGCUCCGAGCAGAAUGUGGCAAAUGGACCGCAAAAAACAGCUGCCACGCAGAAUGGUUUGAGCGCAGAAAAGCUACAAAAGCACGAGAAUUCCUCGUUGGGAUUGAAAGCUACCAAGCCCCUAAAGGACUUCAACGAAACAAAGAAACUGAAGAAGGCAUUGAAACAUCGGCGUCGACGACGACGAAGAAGAAAUGUCGAUUACAGCUUUGAGAGCUACAGCGGUAGCGGAAGCGAUUUUGAUGAAUCCGGAGGCGAGAUUGACGAGGAUAGUGAUUUAAGCGAAGGAGGGGGAGAUGUGGAGAAUGUGUUAGAAGACCUGAUGAGCGACGACAGCGAUGAUGUCUAUGUUGAAAGUGAGUCGGAUAGUGAGAGUGGAAACACUGGAUCUGUCCCUAAGACUGUGUUCAAUUCUUCAGGGGGUGAAAAUCAGCUUGAGAAAAGUUCCUUACCCAAGUCUACGGAGAAGUUCUCUGCUCAUCAAGCUCUGCUUGGCAAGCAGGGAUUGAAAGGUGGUUUCUUGUGGCAGAACGGGAUUUCAGUUGGAAAGAUUUUCAGGCCGGAUCUGUUCAGUGAUGUAAGCGAUGCUGAAACUGGUAAGAGUUACAGGUUCAGUGUAUGUCUUGUGGUUCAAUUUUAACCUUGGUUUAAAUUUUAGUUCCUUUUGUUUUUGGAAAUGGUAAUGUCUGAUAAUGAGUUUAAAACAAAAGAAAAUAAAAUUUAAACCAAGGAUAAAAUUAACCACAACAUAUGUACUGGACACCAAGAAGUGGGUUGAGAAAAUAAGGAACUUUAAAAAUGCCCGGAUCAAUUUAAGUUUCUGAGAAACUGCCAACCUACCCCUCCCUUAAGCCAACAUUGUGCCCUAAGUGAGAGGUAAGUGUUAAUGUUAGCUUAGGGGAGGGGAGGGUGGGCUGUUUCUCAGAAACCUUAAUUGAUCCAAAUGCCCUUCAUUUGAGGGUCAAUGUAUCGCCCCUUGUAAAGGAAUCCGGAUUCCGGAAUCCGUGAAAUUUUUGCUUGUGGAAUCCGGAAUCCAGAAUACAGCUCAAGGAAUCCGGAAUCCCACUAACGAUUGGAAUCGAGAAUUCAAGUUCCCGUGACAAAGACCGGAAUCCGCUACUUGGAAUCCCGAAUGCAAGAGUGUCUUGGAUUUCCUUGCAUGAGGCAAAAUGUAGUUAGCAUGAAAGCGCUAAUUGGGCUGGGACAAUAUUUUUACGUCUUCCAACAGGAGACAGGACCACCAUUUCACGUGGUCAUCAGAGCCACGCGAAGGUAUUAAUAGCUCGGCUUUGCAGGGUAAAGGCAGUACCUUCAUUUCCCAGUUACUUUUAAGACUCUGGUCCGGCCCGACCCCGGGAAUCGAACCCGAGGCCUCCCGCUCUGCAGGCAAGCGUGCUACCGUCUAAGCUGUUCUUGUGCGGUCAGGUGUGCAGUCUAGUCUUUCAAACCGAGUUCCAUAUGUUUGGCAGUAUAAGAAGAUUCACUCUUCCGAGUGUGAGACAAUGUAUACAUACCAGAGAGAGACCAUUACAAUCGUUUUUCCACGCCUGUUGCCCUCAGGUUUAGGGACCCGGGCUUAGAAGUGUAAAAUUGGGCCAUUUUAGUGGUUUCCGCAAAAACUUGUUAGCGUAUCUUUUGGCUGAAAUACUUUUUCCCUGAGAAUUAAUUCUAAGCAAAAGUAAUCAGGGAGCUCCUAAUUCGAGGACGCUUGCGUUUGAUAUUCCACUAUAAAAGCCAGUUCUGAGCACAAGACCCAAAGUUGAAGAGCGAUUUACACAGGAUAAUUUAUUAUCCAGUAGCAAGAUAUCUGGUGCGGAGAAGAGACCCUGGUUAAAGGAAACCAAUUGUGCCAUCCACUGGUCGAAUACGUCGACGGGCGAAAUACAUGUAGACUUUAAAAGUUACACGCUUACUCUCCCUGCCAGCAGAGCAGAGCCUUCGUGUGACUUUUUGAGAAUGGCUCUGCUUGAAUCGAGUGAGAUCUUUAGUGAGCAUGCGCUGCAUGUUGCUAGGAUACAAUUUUGAACGCAGGCCUAAUAGCCGCGCGCUUGGUACAGCGGGCUCAGUUAUGACCAUCGGUUUACCAAUAAACAGAUGCUGGCACUCAAAAAACCAGUUUGACGAGAGAAAACAAGAUUGACUAGCCCAGACGUUUGGGCUGCGGCGACUUCAAAGCCUUGACGCGAUUAGGGCAGAGCUUCCUUUUCUCUUGCUUGAUCAAAAAGAAAACAAAAAGAGGCUCUGCUCGCAGGAUGACCAUGUUUUUCUUGUAGGCGAUUUAGUUACCAUAGUUACACGGUCGACGCCGUUUGAAAAGACAUCGUUACAGCAUUGGCUUUGUAUUUGUGUUUAGAGUCAUCUGUUGCAUCAAGAACUGAAAUACUGCGUGACUGUGUGGAGUCCAAUCUACUGAAAGCCAUGGCGGGUCAGAAACUACUGCCAGCAAUCAAAGUAUUGACUGACUGGCUUCGAUUGAACGCAGAACUUGUUACGAGUUGUGUUGAGGUAGGAAUGUUUUUGUUGUUGUUGUUGUUGUUGUUGUUGUUUUUUCACAUAAUUCUGAAGGGUUUAACCCCAAGAUGUUUCUUGUCCCCUUCAGCUUCUUUUCCCCUUCAUUAUCCCUAACAAAUAAAUCUAUUUUCGUAUUUACCCAUUACAACCUGUAGGUAUUUCCCUGUGUACUAGAUUGCCCCAAGCUUGGAUCAAUCCUUUGACACCUAGCGUUGAUCAAAGCAAAAAUUUCGAAAAAAAAGGAUAGAUUUUAUUUCUCAAAUCCCAAGAAAUAAAUGUUGCCAUUGAAAAGUUCUACCAAAAAGGUUCAUUUGAGUGGUAAUACCGUGGAAUUUCGUCCACAAAUACAAUAGUUAGAUUGACAAAUCAUUACACGAUAGCUCGGCCUCGGAGUGAGGGGUUUAAGUUACUCAGGACUAUUGAAACUUGAAAAAUUGGGCAAAACCACAAUCCUAGCGGCAACUUGUGUUGCGAAAUAAAUAAAUGAAUAAUUUUUAUAUAUUUUUUUUCUUUUCAGAGUUUGGGUGCCCUUUGGUCGAGAUUAGCUUCACUCCUGAACAUGUUCCCUUCCGCUGAGCAAAUGAUGGCGGCAGGUUUGUAGUAAUUGUCUCAUCCCAUUAAUUUGAAAAUAUGGGGAUUUGGAAGUCUUCAGUCAAACCAUUUGCUCACAAGCUACAAUCCUCAGCAAAAUAAGUUUGACCCCAUGGAUAAAUAUAGUGUUCUAUAUAACCUCCUGUUCCCUUGUUCUUCAAUCUCUUGGCACUUUUCGUGUUUGCAUUUCUCCUCUAUGACUACUGGAUUAGCGUGGAUAACCUUAACUCGUUUCUUCCCUGAUACUCGAUAUCCCCUAGUUUGUUAAUUCCCUAACGCUUCUCUGCUUGCAUCCGUUCUCUAUGCUUGGAAAAGCAUAGAUAGCCAUGACCCCCCUAUAGGACAAUUGCACGAUAACGUCAUUUUACUACAACUCCCAGAAUCCUUUAGUGUGUUGUUUUCUUAUGCAAAUUAAGGCUAUUUAACAAUUAUUCUUUGAAAUCGAGGUGAAUAGUGGCAAAAUAUUUACCGAGCCGCGAAAGCGGCGAGGUAAAUAUUCCCAAAGCCACUAUUCACCGAGAUUGAAAAGAAUAAUUGUUUUAGUAUAUACACACGAAGUGAUCUCAACAAAAUCAGAAAGGAAACCAUUCAAAAGUACGAUUUGAUUGACAGAUCAAAUCACGCGUAAGUUUAAUAGAUCUUUGCAGAAUUUUCAAACAUGGCAAUUCACAAGUUUACUCAUUUCGCAAACAACAGCGUAAUGGCCUCAAUGGAAGCGCUAAAAGUUUGAACUGUUUCCUUACCUGAGAAAAAAAGUAGACCUGUGUUGUUUUCUGUUGACUCGCCAAGUUUAUAGCCAAAAGGGUUUGUUGUGUUGUUCUUCGCAUGAAGUGCUGACAAAAAUGGCGGCUCGGUUGCUCGAGGUAAGAAGUCGUCUUCCUGUAUCAUUCUUUUUCCUGUUUACUUGAAAUGUAGAAUUUCUGCAAACAUUUCCUUUUAAAUUUGUUUGUCAUAAAUAAACUUCGAUUUUUGAGCCAAAAUUUUCUUCUUAGAAAACGCUGAGUUCACGAAACGGCUUCUUCUACGCGAAUACACGGGAGUUGUAAAAAAUCCAUCGAGCGCAAAACUCCUGCUACAGUAAAUUGAAAAACGCCGUAUUGAAUCCUUCCAAGUCUUUUCUUGCCUUAAAAAAAGUCAGCCCUAGGAUUUUGUCGACUUUUAAAAGAUCGUUCUCUAAAAAAACGGGAAAAACACCGAGCUCACACAUUAUCCACUCGCUAGGAGGUGAAUAUUGUUGAAUAGUCCGAGAUAGCGAACCAAUCAGAUUGCUUAAAUCACCAAGAUCACUGAGUGUGUAUAUACUAAUGUUCUUUAAUCCUCAGCGGGAUUGACAAAUUUAAAUAAGAAAGCAAAACCGAAAUGAAUUCUGGUAGUUGUAGUCAAAUGUCGUCAUCGUGAAAAUGGCCUAUUACUACUUGAGAUACAUAGCUUAGGAUGGCCUCGUCAAUCCACAGCCUAGUUACAAGAAGUAGCCUUGUUUUCUUUUAAUCUCCACCCUUAACAACUUUCCGCCUUACGGAAUUGAUUCCUUUUAUCUCUUAGUCCCAAUUCCAAGACGACCGACAUGGCGAGGUAUUCUUGAUGAGACGCUCGACGAGAACUGGGUCCAAACACGUGGUCUGCCGGAAGACAUGUCGCUUUUAGGAUUUACACCGCUGACUGCAAUACACAGCAAGCUCGACAAGAAGUGGAGCAGGCUUACAAGAGACUGCCACUAUCUUGAGGUAAUAUCGCCCCCUUUAAAUCAUGAAUACCGUUGCUGCCUCGGGGAUUUUUUCAGUCCAUUGCAAGGGCAAAUGUGAGCCUAUGCAAAGCCUAAUUCGUUCCUUAGGAAAAGUCAGGGAAGGGCAUAGUCAUCCCCCACUUAUUUUUGGACCAAACUGAGGCCCGAAGGGCGGAAAAAAAAAAAUUCGCCCCCCUCACUUAUCUAAGGGUCUGGAUGACCGCCAACCUCCCCCCCUCAUCUCAAGGUCUGGAUUCGGCACUGGUAGUGAUGUAAGAAAAUGACGCUUUUCAAGGUUUCUCAUAAAUUUCGUCCGAUUUCUGAAACGACGUUUGGCGCGAUUUCAAAAUUGCGUGCCAAAACAAGCGGCGAUUUCGUGGCAAUUUGUCCCUCUGUAUUGGUCACCGUUUGUGGAACGUGCUGUAAUUUUUCAGCGAUUUAUCUGACUUUUUUCGCGAGAGUACGCUAUCCUAAACAACCUAGUAGAUAAGCGUUUACAUCAGAUGCGCAACAGGCACAGGACUAAUAAAAAAAAUCACGCAAAGUAAAGCACGAGCCUUAAGAAGCUUAAUGUUAAGCACUCCCUCAUGCAUCGAGCCACAUAACCGUAUCAUUGAACUGAUAGCAUCUAAAUACGGAAAUGUGAGGUCCGAAGUUGAAGCAUCCGCAAUUCAGAAAUGAGAUUCUCGUUUGCUCUUUAAAAAAAGAAGAAAUACUGUAGCCACUCUAUGAAUGGUAAAACCUUAUUCUUUUUUAAGGAACGACAGGUCAACGGUAAGCUGUGAUUUGAAGAUCUACCCCUAAAUUUCGUGUCUUCUUUUUCUUUAUAGGCAGCGGUUCGAGUUCAAUGUUUAAAGAGCUUUGGUAUGAAGCUAGCAUUAACCGAGGUAGGCUUAUCCUUGAACCCAAGGAGACAAUUUCCACAAAGAGUAAAGGUACGGUAAAACGGGCAACAAAAACUUGCAACCCGUUUUGCAACAGUGUUGCAAAACGGGUUGAAUAGCGAUGCUGUGCGUUUUACCACUCACGAAUCAUACUAUCUUGCAUCAAAUCAAGUACUUUCAGGUUGUGAAAAGAUGUUGCAGAAAGUAGAGAGUAGCUUUACUUUUUGCAACAAAAUAUGUCCAUGUUGUGCGUUUUACCGGAUCAGGGAAAACUGAAACUCACAUGACGUAACUCACAUGAAUGGCGCGACUCCCACGUAAUUUUAUCCAAUCAGAAGUCACACUAUCCACGCAACUUGCAACAACCUUAGUUCUUGCAAGAGAGGUUUGAACGUGAGUUGUAGAACGCGGAACAUGGCUUUUUUAUCGUUGUACUUUUUUGUUGCCCUUUUACCGUAGCUUAAAACAGCUACCUACAAAAGGCGGAUUUUUUGUGGUCUCUUGUGUGAACUGAACUUUUAUAACUUUGCUCAUGCUUUUUUUGUUCGUCAGGAGCUGAGUUCAUUUGUUUGGGAUCAGAGCAAACAGCAAUUCCUUGGGCCUCAGCAGAUGGCAGAAAGAGAGAAGCGAAAAAAUCCCGAUAAACAACAAGCACCGUCAGCUCCCGUAAGAGAGAAGUUCUUUAGUGUAGUUUGUGUUGUAAUGACUGGGUUGUAAUAAACAAUUAUUCCACGAGUGCCCGUUGGAUAUGAGUUGGCUAUAAUCAUCUCAUAUCCAACAAGCACGAGUGGAAUAAUUGUUUUAUUAAAAACUCCCACAAAAUAUCGAGAAUUCUUCCCGACUUUAUUUGUAAAAACAACCGAUUUCAGCUUGUUUUUAGCUUGUUUUGAGCAGACGCGCACAGUUACCAUAUUGGGAGAGCAUGGUAUAAUGGCUCAUAAACCAUGAUGGCUAAGCCAAUCAGAGCUCUAGAAUUGCAUUAUCCAAUGAUUCAGUUUUUAAUAAUAACACUUAUUAGAGGGACGAGGACGAGAUUUUCUCAAUACUACAUAGCUCUUUUAGCUCAUUCCUUUCCCUAAUAUGAUCGGUACCCUCUCACACCACUGUUAGUAUACGGGUGAACGCAGAACGCGCCGUAGGUGAAAAUGUUAUUUAAAGGAGCUGUGUCACGAAAUUCCGGCAAAUUAGGAAAUUACAAAAUGCCAGUUAAAUUAUGAGAAACGUAAAAAUGACCGCUUAAAACUUUAAAGGAAGGUUAAAAUAACAUAACAGAAACAACAGAUGCCACGGAUGGGCAAAACUGAAGAAGAUUGAAACGGAUUGAAAUUAGGAUUUUUGAAAACUGUUCAGCCUAACAGUUUUUCAAAGUUGAUCCCUGCUGCUUGCAACCUUUCAAAAGUAAUGCUCAGGAGACAUAUUUGUUUGCCUUGGAUCUCUGAUUUUGUCAUUUACGUGUAAUUUCUUUGCUUACUUUAAGUUCCAUAGCGAUUGAGGGCGAGUAAUUCGCAAAAUUAAACAAAAUGAACUGGACUGCCGUGACACAGCCCCUUUAAUAAGAAACCAGCUCAUUUAUUGCCAUGCUGAAUCCUUACCUUCACCCUGAUGUUCUUGUGCCGGAAAUCUCCUCUAAAACAAAGCAGAAACUAAGAAAUGAAUAGCACUCUGAAUGACCCUCUUAUUUUUGCCCCUCAGGGAAACCGCUCUCGUGUAAUGAAGGCUAUGGCACAGCAGUUGUUACAGGUAAUGUCCAAUAGAUCUUUUUUUUUCUUGUUCAACAGGAUAUUACAUGUUAGACUUCUCAAAUAUCCACUUUCAUAUCCUCAUCCGCAGUUGACACCUAUGUGUAUUUUAUAUAUUCUAUGCCAGCUUUUUAGUAUUUUGAUAACACUUAACAUCCAGAUUCAAAAAUAACCUCUGUGCGACGUGAAUGAGUCAAAAGCUGAUCAGUCGAGUACUGUUUUUCAGAGUGAAGUGGCGGAGCUGGAGAGCACUCUUAAAACAACUCCGCAUGGAAGUACAGCAUACCUGGUCCCUGAUGCCAUGUCAUUAUGCAGUCAGCUUCAUCUGGUGCGUAGGCUGGUCACCGCAGAGAAAAUGGUCAUGAUCAUUCCCAUUCAAGGUACUUUACUUUUCCUCUGCCUGUUAAAGUGGUAGUUUUGCUAUAUCUAAAAACUAUACUCUCAUCUCUGUUUCUAAGAAAGCCUUGAUUGUCGAUCUCGAAGUGCGCAAACCUCACCCUCGAUCUCAAUCCGUCGUUCCCAGUCACUCUUUACCCUGGGUAACGACCAUGAUCGCGCGUGAAAAGUCUCUUGCAGGAUUAGCUCAGUCGGUAGAGCGCUUGACUGAAGAGCGGGAGGUCGCGCGUUCGAUUCCCAGGGCCGGACCAGUAUUCAGGGUCUUAAAAUAACUGAGAAAUGAAGGUACUACCUUUGCACUGCAAGCGGCUAGACAUUCACGUGGCUCAGAUGAGCACGUAGAAUGACGGUCCCUUCUCCGGUCGGAGACGUAAAAAUAGUGUCAUCAAUUAGUAUUUUCGUGCUAGUAAAUACCUUGACAUUCAAAUAAAGGGCAUUUUUUUUGGCACCCAGGGUAGUGAUGCGUUUGCCCGACACGAAAUAACGGCUGACGUAUUUUGCAGAGUUUUUCCGAUCUCAUGACUUUUUCCCUUGGCAAAAUUUCAGAAAGAAAACCCUACGGCUACCAUUUAAAAAGAGCAAACGUGUGUGAUGAUUUUGUUGACACUCUAUCCAGGGACACACAAGAAGUUCCUCCAUCACGUACUGUUUUUAGGUUAUAAGUGGUUUAGCCUUGUUUUCUGUAAUAAGAUACACGUUUUUAGCAUUAAUUUGCUCUGUAUUUUCUUCACAAAUUUUUAAUGAGUGUUUAAAGCCUUUUAAAAAAGCCACGGUACAUCAUCGAAAUGUGCCACGAGUUCAUCCGAGGGAAUACCUUUCAAGACUUCAAGUCUCACUAAAGAAGCAAACAGUAUAGUCUUUGUUUAUAGUGUUGAAACUCAACCAAGGCACGAGACGAAAGCUGAAACAAACACUUUCGUACUUCGGUGGCGCUCUUUGCACAAUCUUAUUCUCGGAUAUCCUGUGCGCAUGACUGCUGUUCUAUUGCGCAACAGUCUGCUGAUGUACCUGAAUUUUUAAGGAUCCUGAAACAUAAGUGAUUAGGACGAGCUUGAAGAUUCUGACUCGAUUUCUGCAUUACAGUGAUAGCCGCGCUGGACGAGCUGAAAAAGUAUGACAGCGGAGCAAGAGAGGCUACAAAGUUUUUAGAGCAGGAGUUUAAGAAGGGAAACAGGUAAACCCGUUUUUUUUUUUUGUCGUGAAUUAUGUGUUUCCGUUACCACAAAACGUAAUUACUACAAUUUAGAUAACAGAAACUGUUCCCUUCGCUUACAUGAUUAUCUAUUUUGUUGUGAUUUAGGUGGAUCCGAGCGCAGAAGGAGAAUGAGACGUUGGGUGGAGGCAAAAAGAGAGGACGCUAUGAGGAUGUCGCUGUUUGGUGAGUUGGGGAUAUCAUUGCCUUCCGUUGAGUAGCUCAUAGUUUUUCUUAAUGUCCGAGUUUUGGUAUUCUCGGAGCUAAAAACUGUAGCUGGUUGAAGUCGAGGCUCAUGAGAGGGGAAUCUUGUCAUGUGCAAAUGCCCCUCAGAAUUCGCCUCAAUUUCAAGCUAGUUCCAGUUCAUCACCGAGGUUAGGAGUUGGUCAUUUCCGAGUUGCUAUUUGCCUAGGAUGAAGCACAAUGGAACUCCCCCCCGCUUACUACCAUCUCAAUUUCACCACCACAUUUUAUUUUGUCCAAACCUAACACGUUCGGAUGUUUUCUGACGCAAAGGCCUCCUUAACACGAGCAGAUUUUCGGCUCCGCUUGAAAAUUGGCUAAUGUACGGUAAAGUACAGGGCUGGGGGAACAAGCUGCAAUCAUUGUGGAUUAAGAUAACCCAGGGGUUGGUUCGAAAUUGACCACUCUAGAAAAUACCAUAACAUAAUGCUCUUUGUUUGUCACCCCAAAUUGUGCAUAAGCAUUGUUUUCAGUUUCUCUUGGGGCCAUUUUAACUCCCAAGAGAAACUGAAGACAAUGCUUAUGUAAAAUUUUGGAGUGACAAACAAAGAGCAUUAUGGUAUGUCAUGGUAGUUCUGGAGUGGUCAAUAGGCCAUUUUACAUUUGUGGGCUUGGUGCCCUAGCCUUUGAGAGACCGUGAGGCUGAGGUUGACCUUGUUUUGAUACAAACGUCAUUUCUUUUGUAAUGUAAAUUUUGCUUAAAAAAUACUAGUUAACAUAAGAAAGACAUGAUUUUCAUAAUAAAGCAGGAAGGGUUGUAUCAAAACAAGGUGAACUCCAGCCUCGUUUUCACCUGCAACUGGAAAAUGGGCUAUUAGAAUUCAGAUGUGAAUUUGUCUACAAUUUGAUGCGAAGGUGCACUUAAUAGAAUAGAGAAAAUGCUUUUGAACAUAAGAAAAAGAUACUCGGAUUAACACGUAACUCCGAGUUAACAUUUGUUGGUACAAACAUUUCCAUCGUUAGUCAUUAAUUGUUUGCCAUUUUUAUUAUGAAGUUUCCUCAUUAUAAUUACGUUUUUCUAAUUUUUUGCAGGCGUUUCAAUCAGAUCAUCAACUGUUGCCGGUACUUUAUAAAUCAAACUGGCAAAGGCCUAGUCACUUUACUGACCGGUGGCAGCUCGUACGAGUCUCCAAAGCGAGGCCAGAAAAAGGGCAUGGCCG